UCGGGGCCUCAAGCGCAAGCCAAGCAGGCCCACACCCGGCCUCCAGGGGCAGCGCAGCCCACCUCCCGAGGGGCCCGCGGCCCCAGGAGGAGGCGGCCGGAAAAUCUCCUGUUUACUGGGCCAGAGCGGUCUCAGCCAGGAUUCGCUGUCCUAUUCUGCGGUUCCCUUUCAGCAGAUUCCUGGGGCCGGAGGGGGAUAGGAUAGUUUCCCGCUGAUCCACCCCGGCAAGGAGGCGGGGCGCAGGGGAACCCGAACUCUUGGAAAAGUCCCCCGGCAGCGGGAGGGGCUGGACUCGGAGUCAGGGUCAGCGUGACCCGUAGCUCAGAGAUCGGGGCCGGGUUAAACACUGUACCUCGGGGAACAAAACCGUGAAGGCUAAUUAGGACAAGUCGCAACGCGGAACAGGGACGCGGGGAGGGGAGCGCGCGCGCCGAGUCGAGCCACGUCUGGGGCGGUCUUGGGAAACCCGAGCGCUGGACAGUCAACCCAGAGCGACGUUUGCCCACGGUCCGAAGUGGUGCUGGGCUCGGCCCCUGGGAUUAGGGGCGUGCGCGGCGGCAUUCCCACGUGAUCUUGGUGACUGGGGGUAUUAUCGGGGAAGGACCGCGCGUGAAAGAGGUGGACGCUGGGUGUGUGGUGUGUCCACGUGUGCCAGCUCGGGAGGGGAGGGGGCGCAGAAGGCGUGACAAAGACCGACUUUGUAUCUGAGUGUGCGCUUCGCUCCAACCCGGGGCAGCGAACUGUGUCUGGCGUGUCUCACAGGAAAGCCAGGACGAAGGUGACAAAGGCUGGGUGUCCGCCACCAAGAGACGCGCCAAACUAGCCCCUGCGCCAGUCGGUGCGUACGCGAGCUGGGAGAUGCUGCGAGGGAGAGCCCGCCCGCGGGCUGUGCUGGGCUGCACCCCAAACCGCUUUCCAGAGAAAAAGCCGAGUCCAGAAAGUGAGUGCGCGUGAGUGUGCGCGUGCUCGCGUGCGGGGGCGUGGCAGUAAACAGCAACAACCCACACGCCAGCUUGGCCAGAAACUCCGAUCUCCCGAACCAGCCGGAAAGUGCGCCUCGGCCGAGGCUGGAGGCACUAACACUCUAGCCCAGGGCCUCACACAUGUCAGGCAAGCACUCUACCGCUGAGCCAUAUCUCCCAGCCCAGUAAAGCGCUUCUUCGUAGGUUUCUUUCCUCGGCUCAGGCCCUUCCGGUCCUCUUCCUCUUCUGUGUUCUGCAACACACACUUCUCUCCUUCAGGGACCCAGCUGGUGCCUGGCCUGGGAGCCAGGAUGGCCGCCCACAGAGCCUUCCUGCUGUGCCUGGGACUGCCGCUCUUCCUGCCCUCGGGUGCCCGGGCCCAGGGCCCUGCCCCGCCUGGCUGCAGCCCAGACCUCAACCCCCUCUACUACAACCUGUGUGACCGCUCCGGCGCCUGGGGCAUCGUCCUGGAGGCCGUGGCUGGGGCGGGCGUCGUCACCACGUUUGUGCUCACCAUCAUCCUCGUGGCCAGCCUGCCCUUCGUGCAGGACACCAAGAAGCGGAGCCUGCUGGGCACCCAGGUGUUCUUCCUGCUGGGCACGCUGGGCCUCUUCUGCCUGGUGUUUGCCUGCGUGGUGAAGCCCGACUUUUCCACCUGUGCCUCCCGCCGGUUCCUCUUCGGGGUCCUGUUCGCCAUCUGCUUCUCCUGCCUGCUGGCCCACGUCUUCGCCCUCAACUUCCUGGCCCGGAAGAACCACGGGCCCCGGGGCUGGGUGACCUUCGCGGUGGCUCUGCUGCUGACGCUGGUGGAGGUCAUCAUCAACACAGAGUGGCUGAUCAUCACCCUGGUCCGGGGGCCGGGCGAGGGCGGGCCCGGGGGCAAUGGCAGCGCCGGCUGGGCCGCGGCCUCCCCCUGCGCCAUCGCCAACAUGGACUUCGUCACGGCGCUCACCUACGUGAUGCUGCUGCUGCUGGCCGCCUUCGUGGGGGCCUGGCCCGCCCUGUGUGGCCGCUUUCGGCGCUGGCGGAAGCACGGGGUCUUCGUGCUGCUCACCACGGCCACCUCCAUGGCCAUCUGGGUGGUGUGGAUCGUCAUGUAUACCUACGGCAACAGGCAGCACAACAGCCCCACCUGGGAUGACCCCACGCUGGCCAUCGCCCUCGCCGCCAAUGCCUGGGCCUUUGUUCUCUUAUAUGUCAUCCCUGAGGUCUCCCAGGUGACCAAGGCCAGUCCAGAGCAGAGCUACCAGGGGGACAUGUACCCCACCCGGGGCGUGGGCUACGAGACCAUCCUGAAGGAGCAGACGGGCCAGAGCAUGUUUGUGGAGAACAAGGCGUUUUCCAUGGACGAGCCGAUCUCAGCUAAGAGACCGGUGUCACCUUACAGUGGCUACAACGGUCAGCUGCUGACCAGUGUGUACCAGCCCACCGAGAUGACCCUGAUGCACAAAGGCCCGUCCGAAGGCGCUUACGACGUCAUCCUCCCGCGGGCCACUGCCAACAGCCAGGUGAUGAGCAGUGCCAACUCGACCCUGCGGGCUGAAGACAUGUACGCCGCCCAGAGCCACCAGGCGGCCACACCGAAAGACGGCAAGAACUCUCAGGCUCAGUCCCCGCAAAAUAAAACGAGACGGUAGACGCCCUCUUCCCUGGACUGCUCGGCCUCCUGAUGUCCUCAUUCCUCUGUACCCAGGCUGGGCAGGGCCCAGCACCUCUCCCGCCCUUGUCCUUGGAGCUGGGAGGGACCAGAGGCCACCAACCUGAAGCAGUGGACUGAGUGGAGGCCCUGGGAAGGCCUGGGGCUCCUGGGGCCUUCCUACUUCUGUCCAGCCAGCCUCCUGGUCCCCAGGUGUCCGCAACUGGAAGGAGCUGGUGGACGCCCAUCUCCCCUCCUUCCAGAUCACAGCCCGUGUCUCCAAGCUGUGGUUCUGCAGACGGCCCUCCUGUUGGGCAACGGCAGCUUCAGCUGCCUCUGUCUUGACCCUGGACCUUCCUGGCUGGCCAUCUUGGUGUCCAGCAUUGUUUUGUCCCACUCUACACCUAGGUGAAUCUUCUCUGUGAGUCUUUGGAGCCAAACCAUGGCAGAAGUUGUCCCUUGUCCUUCUCCCUACAGCUUUUUGCUACCACCCAGACUGUGGGAGGCCACUGAGCUGAGGCCAGUAGUCGGCCUGGACGGCGGUGCUUCUGUUCAUGGCUUGUACAUCCUGGAUUUGAGCCCCUCUACACCAGGACCCUGACAGCCUUCCCCAGCUUCCAUGGAGUGGGUCCCACCACCAGGCCAGGACCAGCCCUGCCUGUCCCCUGGUCCCAGCUGCCUCUACCCCUUGGGACAGGGACUCCCACUGUGGUUCUGACCCAGGAAGCUCUUCAUCGUCCAGUGCUACCUCAUGCAGAAGAACCCCACGGAGAAGUUGGAGAGCUGUCAGGCCAUAGUGGCAUUUGGGCCUUGUAUUGUUUACAUGCCACGAUUCUGUGACCUCCUUUCCCCUUGAUCUGCAUUUGGCUCCUCAGCUAGUUUGGAAGGUGGCUCCUGGGAUAGGGGCAGGUAUGGAUGCCCCUGAAUGACCGGGGCCUCACAGGUUCUGAGGUGCAAGGGGGCCUGCUGGGACUGCCUGGACAUCUGUGGUCAGGGCCUGGAAGUACCCUUAGGAGAUACAAGGCUGGGUCAAGGCUGCAUUCUCAGGGACCUGUUGAGGGUCCUGGUCCAGGCGAGUUGGGAUCCAGGCCUCUCCUGUGACAAACCGGUGGGAUGUGGGGAGGCCCCUUAAGUAAGUGGGGUCCAGGACUUGUGAAGGGCGGGUGGCUGUUUCCACCCCAGCUUGGCUAGCAGGUAUCCUGGGGUGCCUGGCCAGGCUGGCACUGCUUUCAUUACUGGAGGGGCCUCUAGUGCCCUUGGCCUUGGGCAUGCUCUAGAGGGUCCUGACAGUACCCAGGGAAGAGGGUCCGUUCUCAGGACCUGCAUGAUGCUGGUCCCAAGGACAGGGAUGAGCACGGCUCCAGACUGGCAGGUCUGAGAUCGCCACAGCACCUCCCUCCCGCCUCUGUCCUGCCCUUGGUGCCUGACAGCGCUGGCCCACCCAAAGGGCCUCCCUGAGUGUGCCCGGGAGCUCAGCCCCCAGCCCAGCCUCAUGUCUGCAAGGCGGAGGGCAAGGGCCUCUGAGAGGCACCUUGUGGUCAGCCCCAGAUUCCCCAGUGCCACCUCCUGUCCCCAGCAGCCUGUGCCUUUAUCACUGGAGUAUUUUUUCCAGAGCUAAACCGGGUGAACAGUUCCCACAGAGUACAGCUGUGUCUUCAGCUGUGAUCCCCACUUCCCUUUCACUUCCACGAAUAGGGCAGUAUUUCCCUCAGGGGAAGGGGGCUACUUGCACCUCAGACUGCCCUUGAUCUGAGUUAGUGACCCCAAGGUCCCUUACAGGGAGUGAAGGCCCUCGCUUACUGUGUUUGGUGACAAUCUCAUAGGAGUCUCGGGCUGUGCCGGGUGACCAGGGGGCUUCAGCUUGCAGCGGACGGAGGUGUGUUUGUAGCCAGACUCCUGGGGCUUGCAGGUGAAGCUCAGGAGGGAAGGGCUCCUGAAAGAUGCAGGUCAGUCUAGCUUCUGGAGUGCCCAGCGGACCUGCUUCCUGCCAUCCUGGGCAGCGUGGGGAAGACGGAUGUGUUUUAGGAGGCGUGUUCUCUGAGGUGGCCAAGGUGCAUCCUACGGGAGACUCAUCCAGUGGGAGAAAACCGGAGGAGACAGACCUGGAGCGGGUUCCUUGUCCUCUGGCACCCCCUCCGUCAAUAACACCUGCCUAUCUGCCCCUGCAGCUGGAAACACAGGACUUCACAACUGUGCUCAGAAUUAAACAACUGUCCUCUAUCUGGGAGGAAUUUCUGCCACGGAGUCCUGUGUA